AUGACCGGUCACGUGCUGGAGGCAGCUCAGUCCAAAAGAAAAUGGGGUUUGGUGUAAAUCUGGGGGUGUAAUGUUAUCAUAUAUCACGCUACCUCGUAAAACCGACACUGAAGCCUGCCGGACAACAAAUCACAGGUCAAAAUUAUGAGUUCUUCGUAUUAUGUGAAUGCGCUUUUUAGCAAAUAUACGGCGGGGGCUUCUCUUUUCCAAAAUGCAGAGCCUACUUCUUGCUCCUUUGCAAGCAACUCCCAGAGAAGCGGCUAUGGACCAGGCGCGGGUGCCUUCGCCUCCUCCAUGCCCGGCUUGUACAAUGUGAACAGUACCAUAUAUCAAAGCCCGUUCUCUUCCGGAUACAGCCUGGGCUCUGAUGCCUACAACCUGCAUUGUUCCUCUUUUGAUCAGAACAUUCCCGUCCUCUGCAAUGACCUAACCAAACCCAGCUGUGAGAAAGCGGAGGAAAGCAACCUGCACAACCAGGCUGAGGCUAAUUUCCGGAUAUACCCCUGGAUGAGGUCUUCAGGUCCAGAUAGGAAGCGAGGACGCCAGACCUACACUCGCUACCAGACCCUGGAGCUGGAGAAGGAAUUCCACUUCAAUCGCUAUCUGACUCGCCGGCGGAGGAUAGAGAUUGCCCAUGCCCUGUGCCUCACCGAGAGGCAGAUCAAAAUCUGGUUCCAGAACCGCAGGAUGAAGUGGAAGAAGGAGCACAAAGAGGAGAGCUCCAGUACCCCGGCUCCCAAUGAGCCCACGUCAGCAGCAGCCUCUGUGGAGAAAGUGGAGGAAGACGAGGAAGAGGAGGACUAAAGUGUCCCAUUGAGGAAUCAGCCCCUUAGUAUAAUGUAUGCACGUGACAGUUAUAAAAUCUCCUUUUAAAGGAGAGAAAAAAAAAAGAGGGUGAAAAAAAGGAUAAAAGAGAGACUCACUGUUUUUAUUAAAAAAAAAAAUCAGUUCCCUUUAAUAAUAU